GCUCACCUAGAACGCCUGUUUCACCCAAUCACAGCAGCUCUGACAGAGGGGUCAGUCCAGUCCUCUGGUAGCUUGCCUCCCACCUCUCUAUCACGCUCCCCUAGCGAGAAACGACAAAAACAGUAACCAUGGUAGUGUCCUCCUUAUCUUGAUUUGCGAAAGGUUGAUCUUACCGGGGCGGAAAACCAAAGCUCCGAUGAUGGCGCACUGACGUCAAAAACCUGCGUAAAAGGCAACCUGAGACCUGGAUAUAUGAAAAACAACACAGUGUCAGACGUAAGCUACCACCUUAAUUGAUUUGGAAGUAAUAAGUGAAUAGUCAUUUAAGAAGCAUGUCCAAUGGAGGAUUUCUGUCAGCAUGAAUCUGCGAUGUCUACUUUCUCCACAUUGUUUAUUGUUUUGUCUGCUUUUUUCCCCCAAAGCCACCUGUUUUUUUUUUUUAAGAUACUGACUCCUCAAUAUUCAGCCCACGUCUCUGUGUGCUGUCCCCCCCCCCCCCCCCCCCCCCCACACACACACACACAAAUUGUUUUCUUUGAGUUCUGACCGGCCAAUGUGCUAUCUGAUCACCCCCCCCCAGUUCUGUGAUGCUGGUGGCGGCACAUGGCGAUUGGAGAUGGACAAAGCUGCCCCCUCUUGUCUUAAAAUAAACGAGUGCAGUCAUUUGGUGACGGAACACUGCCGAUAGCCAAUACAGCCCGGGUGAGAAUUGCUGGUGUCUGGGUGACACCGAAAGGACCUCUUUGUUGCUUGCGGCCUCGCACACUUGUACAAACCCCCUUCUUCCACAUCUGUGUGGCACAUUUAGACGUUUUAAAAACGAGACCGUCCAUGGUGCAAUUGAACGAUCUACGAAGUCACAAAUAAGGUGUGACCCGAGACUCUCGUUUUCACCUCCCCUCCUCUCCCAUUGCAACCCCCUCCACCAUCACCACCCCCCUGAUCUUCUUUCCACCCUCCCACCACUCCUCCAUGCCCAUCCCCCUUUCCUCCUCACCAUGAAGUGUGGAAGUCCUUGUUUCUUGGCCCUCCUCCUUCUAAGAUGCCAGGGGGCAAUCUUCCACAUGAAUGGACUCCUUCAACAUGGACAUGGUACAAGUCACCAUAUGGGAGGAUUAAUGAGUAUAUUAUGCCUUGAGCACAAUUCACCCGUCCUGAACAAGUCCAAAGCAGAACAGCACCAGACCUGGGUUCAAGCACUAUUUGAAAUCUUUCCGAAACUUGAAGCAUUUGUUCUAGUCUGCGUGGACCGCCAUAUGGGUGGGGUUUGCAGUAAGGGGAUUAUUUUAUUGCUAUAUAUUUUAUUGCGUGCGUGCAUCUGUCUGCUCUGUCAUUGUGGACAGGGAUGAGGAGAUGUAAAGCAGUGCCACCAAACCCCACAAGAUGUUGGGGUCCACAUUGCAAAAGCCAGAUGAGCAAUCUGUUUCCAUGUGGUGUUAUUUCCCAUCUUCAGACUUUCUCGUUAUGUGUUAUUAGGCAUCAUGAUCAAGUGCCACGUAAAACAUUUUUUACACACACUGCUCCUAUUUGGCAAGCUAAGCUUCGUAGAAGUUGUGAGAGACAUUCAGAGAGACAGACAACCUGAGAGGAAGAGAGGUGGGAAGAGUGAAAGAAAGAGACCGAGGAGACAUUCUAGUUCCCCUCCCUUUUUAGUUUUCUCUCGUUAGGAUUUGAGUGACAGGUCAGCUUACUCCAGGGAGACACAGUGCUCACAAACACACUGUUGUGAGCCACUGAGCAGCUGAUCAGUCUGACAUGGGCUUAUCACAGUACAGUUACAUCCAGGAAAUGGAAAAAAGUGUGAUGCUCAAUAAUUGAGAGAGCUAUUUAUAGAGGUGUCUCCGAUGGGUUCCCAGGUACAUUGGUUUAAAUGGCUUCUAUAGCAAGGGCUUACAGUAUACAUUAGUUACACGCACCAUGGGGAUUCUGUAUGAAUGUAAGGUAUUUGAGGUAGAGCUUAAGGUAAACACAGGUGAGACCAUAAUAUUUACGAAGGAUGAAGUUUACCCCAAACCUGAACCUUAAAACUAAAGUAAACUGACGACUGCAAUCCCCCAUAUUACAUAUUGCUGUACAUACCACCUAUUGUAUGAUACAUGCAGUAAGACCCUAACCACAAUCUUUCUCUUUCCUUUUUUCCUCACGCAGGCAUUUUUGCACAGAAUCCGACAAACUGCCGAAGAGCAACAGUGUCUGUCGCCUGAGCAUGUCAAGGUAAAUAUGACCUCCUAUAAAAACUAUCCUAAUGAUGCUUUGACCAAAAUGACCACAUUUUGUAAAGAUCUCUUCUGCAUAGUGAGGCCCUAUGGGAGAUCUACCGUCCUGUGGGUUUUCAGUCCAACCCUAAUUUAACUCACCUGAUUCUACUUAUUAGCUGCUCAACAACCUCCCGAGUGGCACAGUGGUCUAAGGCACUGCAUCGCAGUGAUAGCUGUGCCACUAGAGAUCCUGGUUCGAAUCCAGGCUCACUAGAGACCCAUGGGGCGGCCCAGUGUCGUCCAGGGUAGGGGAGGGAAUGGCCGGCAGGGAUGUAGCUCAGUUGGUAGAGCAUGGCGUUUGCAACACCAGGGUUGUGGGUUCGAUUCCCACGGGGGGCCAGUAUGAAAAAUAAAAAAAUAAAAAAAUUAAUGUAUGCACUCACUAGCACUCACUAGUAAGUCGCUCUGGAUAAGAGCGUCUGCUAAAUGACUAAAAUGUAAAUGUAACAAGACUUUAACUAGCUGAAUUAGGGUUGGACUGAAAACCUACAGGACAGUAGAUCUCCAGGAAGAGGGUUGGGCAGCCCUGAUAUAGGGAAUAGGAUGACAUUUCAGACGCACCCUCUCUCUGUUACCACAGAUCCUGUUCUCCAACAUUGAGUCAAUCCUGGACGUUCACAGAGAGGUGCUGUCUGCAGUGGAGGCCAGCCUGCAGCCGGAGCCGCAGCCCGGGCAUGCCCUCGGACACGUCUUCCUCCAGUUUGUGAGUGACACAAACUUCCAUGCACACACAUGCUUACAGUGCACAUAUAUACGGACACAAAUACCGGUGUGAGCAUAAAUGCACAGGUACACACUGACUCUACUCGUCGCACCCUAUUCACUGUUCCAAUGAACCACAGUUGAGGAUAAAAUAUCAAAACUGCUGUGAAAAUCGAUGUGAAAGUGGCCCUCGACAACUUUCAUAUAAUAAUAUACACACAAUCCACUCCCUCGCUAAUUCCCCCUAUCCCGCUUUUUCCCCUCGAAAAAGCCUGCAUCCUGUCAGCCAGAAAGACCCCUCUAUCCGUUCCUUGCCAGCCCCAUGCAAGGCCCCUGUCACUUGCAUUCCCUUCAGCAGAUUGCUCCCCCCCCCCCCCCCCCCCCCCCUCCCUUGAACUCGUUUGGUCCUUGGGAACAACAAAGAGCUGCCUGUGUCGGGGGAAGAGAUGGUGUGUCAGUCAUCAAUGGGACAAUGGCGGAACUAGUUGCUCUUGCGCACACACAGACACACAUACACAUGGACACACACACACACAGAGACACAUACACACUGAGGGGACUUUGUAGAACGAGGUAUUAGCUUGAGGAUUCAGUCAGUUGAUAGAAAGCAUAUUGCAAAUGGUGUUUGUUCAAACAGAAAGCUCCUGUAGUCAAACUAAAAACUAUCAAUAUUCUAUUAAUUGAAAGGAUGUUGAGAGUAGCCUCCUCAAGGAGGUGGUAACCAAGCUUUGUUUUCUAAUUGGACUACUAUAGCUCUCAGAAUAAGUAAUGAGGUAGUCUGCUGCUUGUGUAUGCGUGUGUGUCUGUUUAUGUGUGUGUGUUUGUGUGGAUGACGGGAGGGGGGAGGAUCUUCACACGGCCACUGGCCUUGUAGCUCCAUAUCCAUUACAGGGCUCUCUGUCUGUGACCCCUCUAUCCUUCAACACCGACACCUCUCGCCCAAUCAAUUGCCCCCAUUUGGUGCCCUCUGCCUCCUGCACUUGGCCCCAGUGACAAUAGACACCCCUGCUGAGAUUUGAUUAACCCCCAGCAUUGUUCAGCUGUCAAUCAAAGCCAGAGAAAUACAUUCUGAUUCUCCUCUUCUCUCUCUCAAGCUCUGUCCAUUCCAAUGUUGCUUAGGCCACACUAUAACCCAGUAUUGUUCAGCGGGCCGUUCACUGUCAAUCACAAUCUCAGCCCGCAGAUGAAUACAUGCAGAUUCUCCUCUCUCUCAAGAUCUGUCCAUUCCAAUGUUGCUCAUAGGCUACAGUAUAAACCAGCACCAUGGCUUGAUUCCAAUUCAAAAGCAUACUCCCUGUGCCUGAUAAAGCUUACAUUCAUCAAAGGGAGAGAGGAAGUGAGGGUGGAAUAUUUGAUUGGAAUCCAACCUAUAGUAGCUAGUGGGCCUCAAAUAUCACCCGCCACCAUGUUGACUUUUAAGGCGUGCAUGUUGUUGAAUCAUUGGGGUUUUGCAACGACCGGCAGACUAAACCAACCCUGCGCAGAACCUUUGGCCGACGUUUGAACCACGUUGGCGUGAGGAGGAGGAUUACACAAACCUACCCCAAAAAAUGACUAGAGAAUGUUAAUACGGAAGGAUAAUUCACAGACGUCAAUAUUUGCUCUAUUUCUGUGCUGUCCCCUGACCAAGGCCUCUUCCUCCCGAGCUAACAGUCAUCAUAUUAUGGCCCUUGUUAAAUAGACUCAUUAUGCUUUGCCACUCCUCUAUUUGCCCUGUGUUUGUUAUUGCCCCUCUCAUCCUGCUGAAAUUCCACUGAUGGAAAAGGAAGAAAAGCAAGUGUUUAUCGAAGACACAAACACACUCUUUGAGCUAUUCUGAGCACAAGUGGAGCCCUUCAGAUCAGGCCCAGUUUGUUCAGGGCUGACCCGGCUUUGGAAUUGUACAGGUCACAUUCAGGGCCUUAAAGAAAUACAGAUAAGGUAAGCUUAUAGAUGGAUAGAUGAAUGUUCACUUUUAGAAGUCCUUAAAGGUCCAAUGCUGCUGUAUUCAUCUCAAUAUCAAAUCAUUUCUGGGUAACAAUUAAGUGGUGAUGUCACCAGGCAUGCCAAAACUUAAUUCCACCAAAACAGCCUUUUCAAAAGGCUCUUACACUAAAAGGGCAUAAUCAUCAUUUUCACAGUAUUAUUCCAACCUCAUGGUGUGGAAUAUAUAUACAGUGCCUUCGGAAAGUACUCAGACCCCUUGACUUUUUCCACAUUUUGUUACGUUAUAGCCUUAAAUAAAUAAAAAAUCCUCAGCAAUCUAUACAAUAACCCAUAAUGACAAAGCGAAAACAGAUUUGUGCAAAUUUAUAAAAAACCAAAAACAGAAAUACCUUAUUUACAUAAGUAUUCAAACCCUUUGCUAUGAGACUCGAAAUUGAGCUCAGGUGCAUCCUGUUUCCAUUGAUCAUCCUUGAGAUGUUUCUACAACUUGAUUGGAGUCCACCUUUGGUAAAUUCAAUUGAUUGGACAUGAUUUGGAAAGGCACACAACUGUCUAUGUAAGGUCCCACAGUUGACAGUCCAUGUCAGAGCAAAACCAAGCCAUGAGGUCGAAGGAAUUGUCCGUAGAGCUCCGAGACAGGAUUGUGUCGAGGCACAGAUCAGGGGAAGGGUACCAAAAAAUGUCUGCAGCAUUGACGGUCCCCAAGAACAUAGUGGCCUCCAUCAUUCUUAAAUGGAAGAAGUUUGGAACCACCCAGACUCUUCCUAGAGCUGGCCGCCCAGCCAAACUGAGCAAUCGGGGGAGAAGGGCCUUGGUCAGGGAGGUGACCAAGAACCUGAUUGUCACUCUGACAGAGCUCUAGAGUUCCUCCGUGGAGGUGGGAGAACCUUCCAGAAGGACAACCAUCUCUGCAGCACUCCACCAAUCAGGCCUUUAUGGUAGAGUGGCCAGACGGAAGCCACUCCUCAGUAAAAGGCACAUGACAGCCUGCUUGGAGGCACCUAAAGAUCCUCAGACCAUGAGAAACAAGAUUCUCUUGUCUGAUGAAACCAAGAUUGAACUCUUUGACCUGAAUGUCAUGCGUCACAUCUGGAGGAAACCUGGCACCAUCCCUACAGUGAAGCAUGGUGGUGGCAGCAUCAUGCUGUUUCAGAGACUAGUCAGGAUCGAGGGAAAGAUUAACAGAGCAAAGUACAGAGAGAUCCUUGAUGAAAACCUGCUCCAGAGCACUCAGGACCUCAGACUGGGGUGAAGGUGCACCUUCCAACAGGACAACGACCCUAAGCACACAGCCAAGACAACGCAGGCGUGGCAUCGGGACAAGUCUCUGAAUGGCCCAGCCACAGCCCGGACUUGAAUCCGAUCGAACAUCUCUGGAGAGACCUGAAAAUAGCUGUGCAGCAACGCUCCCCAUCCAACCUGACGGAGCUUGGAAGAAUCUGCAGAGAAAAAUGGGAGAAACUCCCCAAAUACAGGUGUGCCAAGCUUGUGGUGUCAUACCCAAGAAGACUCGAUGCUGUAAUCGCUGCCAAAGGUGCUUCAACAAAGUACUGAGUAAAGUGUCUGAAUACUUAUGUAAAUGUGAUAUUGUUUUUAUAAAUUAGCAACAAUUUCAAAAAAAACGUUUUUGCUUUGUCUUUAUGGGGUAGAUCAGCUUUAAUAUUGCAGAUAGAUUGUAACUUCCAUCAAUGUAAUUGUCUGCAUCACUUCCAAUCCCCCAUAUGUUUUUUUUCUUUUUUCUUUCUUGCAUAUAUAUAUAUAUAUAUGUGUGUGUGUGUGUGUGUGUGUGUGUAUAUAUAUAUACAUAUAUACAGUGGGGGAAAAAAGUAUUUAGUAAGCCACCAAUUGUGCAAGUUCUCCCACUUAAAAAGAUGAGAGAGGCCAGUAAUUUUCAUCAUAGGUACACGUCAACUAUGACAGACAAAUUGAGAAAAAAAAUCCAGAAAAUCACUUUGUAGGAUUUUUAAUGAAUUUAUUUGCCAAUUAUGGUGGAAAAUAAGUAUUUGGGCACCUACAAACAAGCAAGAUUUCUGGCUCUCACAGACCUGUAACUUCUUCUUUAAGAGGCUCCUCUGUCCUCCACUCGUUACCUGUAUUAAUGGCACCUGUUUGAACUUGUUAUCAGUAUAAAAGACACCUGUCCACAACCUCAAACAGUCACACUCCAAACUCCACUAUGGCCAAGACCAAAGAGCUGUCAAAGGACACCAGAAACAAAAUUGUAGACCUGCACCAGGCUGGGAAGACUGAAUCUGCAAUAGGUAAGCAGCUUGGUUUGAAGAAAUCAACUGCGGGAGCAAUUAUUAGGAAAUGGAAGACAUACAAGACCACUGAUAAUCUCCCUCGAUCUGGGGCUCCACGCAAGAUCUCACCCCGUGGGGUCAAAAUGAUCACAAGAACGGUGAGCAAAAAUCCCAGAACCACACGGUGAAUGACCUGCAGAGAGCUGGGACCAAAGUAACAAAGCCUACCAUCAGUAACACACAUUUACAUUACAUUUUAGUCAUUUAGCAGACGCUCUUAUCCAGAGCGACUUACAGUUAGCACAUACAUUAUUUUAUCGAACCCACAACCCUGGCGUUGCAAACGCCAUGCUCUACCAACUGAGCUACAUCCCCUGCCGGCCAUUCCCUCCCCUACCCUGGACGACGCUGGGCCAAUUGUGCGCCGCCCCAUGGGUCUCCCACUACGCCGCCAGGGACUCAAAUCCUGCAGUGCCAGACGUGUCCCCCUGCUUACUUUUUGGUAAAAACUCAACUCGUCGUGUUUGGAGGACAAAGAAUGCUGAGUUGCAUCCAAAGAACACCAUACCUACUGUGAAGCAUGGGGGUGGAAACAUCAUGCUUUGGGGCUGUUUUUCUGCAAAGGGACCAGGAUGACUGAUCCGUGUAAAGGAAAGAAUGAAUGGGGCCAUGUAUCGUGAGAUUUUGAGUGAAAACCUCCUUCCAUCAGCAAGGGCAUUGAAGAUGAAACGUGGCUGGGUCUUUCAGCAUGACAAUGAUCCCAAACACACCGCCCGGGCAACGAAGGAGUGGCUUCGUAAGAAGCAUUUCAAGGUCCUGGAGUGGCCUAGCCAGUCUCCAGAUCUCAACCCCAUAGAAAAUCUUUGGAGGGAGUUAAAAGUCCGUGUUGCCCAGCGACAGCCCCAAAACAUCACUGCUCUAGAGGAGAUCUGCAUGGAGGAAUGGGCCAAAAUACCAGCAACAGUGUGUGAAAACCUUGUGAAGACUUACAGAAAACGUUUGACCUGUGUCAUUGCCAACAAAGGGUAUAUAACAAAGUAUUGAGAAACUUUUGUUAUUGACCAAAUACUUAUUUUCCACCAUAAUUUGCAAAUAAAUUCAUAAAAAAUCCUACAAUGUGAUUUUCUGGAAAAAAAAAUCUAAUUUUGUCUGUCAUAGUUGACGUGUAACUAUGAUGAAAAUUACAGGCCUCUCUCAUCUUUUUAAGUGGGAGAACUUACACAAUUGGUGGCUGACUAAAUACUUUUUUUCCCCACUGUAUAUUUUGAUAUUUUUAACACUUUUGGUUACUACAUGAUUCCAUAUGUGUUAUUUCAUAGUUAUGAUGUCUUUACUAUUAUUCUACAAUGUAAAAAAUAGUAAAAAUAAAGAAAAACCCUUGAAUGAGUAGGUGUGUCCAAACUUUUGACUGGUACUAUAUAUAUAUAUAUAUAUAUAUAUAUAUAUAUAUAUAUAUAUAUAUAUAUAUAUAUAUAGAUAUAUAUAUAUAUAUAUAUAUAUAUAUAUAUAUAUAUUCCAUAUUAGAUCUCUACACUUUCUUAAUUAGUAACGGAUAUUUAUUUUCAUCUCACUCCCUUUUGAUAACAGUGUUUUCCCGCUAAUUGCAUUAUGGAACGAACAUUCGCGCCUAGCCUACUGCUUUGUACGCAUUGCUGAGCUUAUAAUGUGAAGAAAUAAUCGUUUAUCAACAUUUUAAGCCAAAUGUUCUGAUCUGUUGCAUCAGACUCCUUGCUUUUUAACUUAUUUUUUCAUUUAGCCUAGUUGUAUGAAUGUGGGUUCUUAUCUUCCCACAACUGUCCCAGAGGCUAUUUCUUUCUUGACAAACUGACCAAUAGAAUAGGUCAACUUUUCUACUAUGGGGUAUAGUAGAUUGACAUAGGCUAGUGAUUUUGCUGUUCGUUAGGCUACUCCUCUUAUUAGCUUCGUGAUUUUUUAAUUUGACAGGAUUUGGUGUUUCACACCAUAUGCUGGGCCAGCUGUUGCUCCCGGUGAUGUCUCGGACUUUGUUGCCCUGCCAGCCAGCAGCUCUGUGUGUGUCUGUCUGUCUGUGUGGGACAGCAGAGCCCUGGGCUACGCUAUCCCUCUGUUGCUUCGCCGUUUACGGCCGCAAAACACGGUGACACACAUUUAAUCUAUCCUCGUCAUGGGAACCGGAGAGAAGCUGAACCUAAUGUUACAUAAAAGCCAGAUUAGUUAUCUCUUCUUUCUGCGUUGCCAUGCGGACCUGACACAGGCAUGAGAGGAGGUAGAGGAUGGAAGGCUAGACUAGUCUGUAGCAGCAUGGCCUCUUGAGGUUGACUUUGAUAUACUGUGUUUCCAAAGAGCUGUGAGAGUCAACAUUUAGAAUGGAUAGAGAGAGCGAGAGAGAACGAGAGGGAAAUGGAGAGGGAGACACUGAGACCAAUGGAGAACCUGGUAGAGAUUGUUACUAUGUGAACCUUUUUACAGUGCUUGGCCCCAUCAGAGUUUUCACAAUUACCUCAUGUAUUUAACAUUGGAUGCCUGAUAGAAAUGCUACGCAGCAUUCUUACCUCAUGCUCAAUAUUCAAAUGGCAAACAAAAACAAACUUAACAACUUCAAACAGCUUCAAUGGAGUGACUGAGUGCCUCUAUAUUGAUCUGCCUGUUAAGUCGCUACCUUAAAUGCACACGUCCAGCUUUUCAGAGAGAGAGAGAGUGUAGUGUUUCUCUGAAGGUUGUGGGGAUAUGCUAGCAUCGCACGUACGAGCUAGGAUUUCACUUCCUGCACUGUUUCGGGUGACCGCAGCAGAGUUUUGGUUACCAACCAUAGCAGAGUGAGGAGGCCCUACACUGAAGCUGGUUUCACUUCCUAAUGGCUAGUAUACACUUGAAGGCCAAAUGGGGUUUUGGGCUGGCUUAAAUUAAAUUCUGAGGAAGAGAUUGCCUAGGCCUAUAUGUUGUCCCUAAUGGUGGAUAAAUAAUGCAUUGAACCUAUGUGUAUAGCUAUCAUAUUACUAAGUGAUCAUGAGGAAAGCCUUCGGUGGCCAAACCUAUAGGACAGUACAGUAUAUCCCCUAGCAAUAACUGUGCCAGUGGGAAUAGAGGAAUUUCAGAGUGCUUUCUCAGUGCAGUAUUUACCCAAAUAAGGAAAGAACAUCAGAAUUGUAAUCUUAAUUGUUUGUUUUUUUUACCUCGAGGAAUUAUGUGUAUAGGAGUUAUACUUCAAUUCAACUGAUGUUGUGACAUUAUCACUAGAGAUCUGUGUUUGACUAAAAGUUGUUGGAAACAAUUCUGUUCCAGAAUAUUCAAUGCCAAGUUUUUAUAUUUGGAUAAGAUCAGGUUCUGACUGACUUGUGUUUCUUCCAUCUUUCAGAAGGGGCGGUUCUCGGUGUAUGGGGAGUACUGCAGUAACCACGAGAAAGCCCUGCGGCUGCUGAUGGAGCUCAACAAGAUCCCCGAAAUCAGGACAUUCCUCCUGGUGAGGAUCCCACCGCUGACACCAACUGUCCCUGUCUUUUUACAUAUCUCGUUCGCUCUCUUUUUCUUCAAUCUUCUCUUCCUCUAUCUAUUCUUCCUCCUGUUUUAUUCCUCUUCCACCUGUUCUAUUCCUCUUCUUUUCCACCUCUUCCUCCCACUCCUUUACUUUUCUCCCUGAUCCUCUUCUCCCUGAUCCUCUUCCCCUGCGUCACAUCUUUUUCCUCCUCCUCCAUUUUCUUCCCUCUCUUCCUUUUCCACCUCUGUCCCAAUCACCAUCUCUCUCUCUAUCCUCUUCAUAAUGUCACCUCUUCUUCUGUUUACAUGUUUAUGUUCAUUAUAAAAAUAACAGGUAUUAGAAUGAGAUUGCUUGGUUACUCUGGCAAACUCACGAUGUAACCACAGAGUGUGUCAAGGUUGUUUUGUCACCAGAAGUCCAGCUGUUUCCUUGUUUUGACAACCCUUCUUGCCCCUCAACAAUGAACACAGGAACUGCCUUUGACUGCGCUUCCAAAAAUGAUGUCAUGCUCGGUGUGAGCUGGCCAGCUGCAGUACAUUGGCACGGCUGGCUGGAAGAUCUGAGCCUUGUUGACACCGAUGUGUUUCCUCCGUCUCAUUAUUGACUGACCUGAACUUGUUCUAGUUGUGUUCUGUACAUUAUAUCCCAGGCUGCUAGUGGAAAAUCACAUGGGGGUAAAUCUAACUUUCACAAGUCAAAUGUUUGUCUUAAACUUAGUCAUGCGUUGAUAUCAAUGGGAGACUAAGAUACAUUUUACAUAAGUGGAUGUUAGGAUUCGCCCCAUACAUUUAAACUUUUAGUGGACUAACCCUUUAAGCUACAAGUCUGAGCUCCACAGGUUUAAGCUCUAGGCUGGUUUCAACCCAAAAUGCAUGGUAGUCCACUGUGCUUUUUGUGGAAGUGGUGGAGUGAGGGAAUUGAGGUGUAGUCAGUCGAUGAACUCUGUGGCGUGGAGACAAUGCCUUCUGUAAUCGCAGGGAGCCUGGAGGCUUAAUGAGUAAUCACAUUUGGAUGUAGGCUUUGCAUUAAUUAGUCACGAUUAUAAAUGCAAAUCGUUAUUAGUAUUAUAAUGAUAUUUGAGGUUGGUGCGGCAUGAAGAGCCAUUGGCGCAUCUGUUGUUUCCUCUCUUGAAUUCUGUUCCAUUUCCAUGUUUUUGCGGUAUUUGAGCUAAUAUUUCCAUGUUAAUUGACAAGCACUGAAUAUGUACGCCGUCUCUACAAGGACAUCAAAACAAAGCUGUAAAGCUGAGAGGAGUCAAUUGAAAGUAUACUGAAAGGAGGUCAAAGAGAAGCUCUCGGAGGGAGUUUGGCUGCAGGCACGCAGAUGGAAAUAAUGUUCAUAUUAGAAGACUGGAGAGAGAGGAGAGGGGGAUUGCAUCAGGAUUGCCAAACUGGCUGGAAUCUGUGGAAUCUCAGAAUUCUGCAGUCAAGUUUUUGAGAGCAGUUUUUGCGCUCCUCUCCUCCCCGCACCCCUAAGCGUUAGCUUCAACCAAAGACUGCAUGAGCACGACACUGCUGUUUCUCCUCAGAGUGCCUUAUGAACUUGAAAGUGGUGGAAUGUGAUUAAAAUGAAAUAUGUGCACUAUACCGACCAAUGAUGUGCUUUCUGUUUUCUUCACCAAAGUAUUUUCGUGCGGCGUAUCUAGUUUGGCCUUUGAUCUGGUGGUGAACGCUGCUCAUUCUUGCCCUCUGGGACUUAGCAUUUGACAGACCUGGUUCCUAGAAAAUAAAGCACAUAGAAGAGAACCCACCAGCUUUGUCUCGCUCUCUCUCUCACUCACUCACUCUCUCACAUCUGAAGAAUCCUCCUCAGAAGGGUUUCACCACCAAACAUACAUUUCUCAAAGCAUUACUUUAGUUACAGUUUGCCACCCGAUCCCCAUGGAGGUCAUUAAUACAACUGCGAAGACUUGCUGUGGUGUUUUGGAUUUAGCUUCUUGCCCUAAACCACUUCACAUAAUCAUUUUAGUGGAGUUACCAACUUACAUUUCUAGAAGAAUCACAAAGAAGAUUUAGGAUGGGUCAUAGGCCAUAGAUGCCCCUGUUUGAUAAAUUACCGUUUUGUUAACAUCUGUGUGUUGUCUGUGUUCCAGCACUGUAUGCUGUUGGGAGGAAAGAAGAGCACAGACAUUCCCCUGGAGGGGUACCUGCUAUCGCCCAUUCAGAGGAUCUGCAAGUACCCCCUUCUACUGAAGGUAUGGAUGACACACGAACAUAAACACAAACAUUCCAACCUUGUCUGAGCCACUCCUAUCAUGUAUGAUCUUCAUUCUCCACCCCUCGUCCAAUUUCUCCCCUUUUUCCAACUUCUCCGCAACUUCGAUCCGCACCCUCUGUCCCACCACUUCAUCCCCCGCUCUUCUCCAUCCUAUGUCCGACCUCCACGCUCCCCCUCCAUCCUAACAUUUGCCCAAAACUCUGUGCAUCCAUCAUCCCACAAUCUUACCUGACCUCUCCACCUCUACAUGCAACUCUAUCCACCAUUGACUCUUUGCAGAAUAUUGAUGAGAUGAUUCCUAAUAAUGAGAAUGGUGCUUAUCAUCCAGCGCACCAGGGCUGUUCUCUGUAACAGUAUUAAUGGCUGUUUAUAUGCUGUAGUUCUAAUGAAGACAUCUUGACUAUUUGGCUUUAACCCAUUAAUGACCUGACCAAGUGACCACUCUAUUCGCCUCUUCCUCCUGUCUCUAACCGCACUAGGAGCUGUUGAAGCGGACGCCCAAGAAGCACGCGGACUACCCUGCGGUGGAGGAGGCACUGCAGGCCAUGAAGGCAGUGUGCUCCAACAUCAACGAGACCAAGAGGCAGAUGGAGAAACUGGAGGCCCUGGAGCAGCUGCAGUCACACAUCGAGGGCUGGGAGGUGAGGGAUUCUAUUCUAUUCUACUCUGGACCAUGUCUAGGAUGCACCCUAUAGGUCACCAUUGAGGGAGGGAGAGAGAGGGGGAGAGGAGGGAAUGGGAGAGAGGGGGGAGGGGGGAGAUGGAGGCGGGGAAGAGUACUAAAAGGUGAAAAGAGGGGAGUGACGUGUGCGAUAAAGAAGAGAGGCGAGACAGAAGGGUGGGGGGUCAGAGAGAGAGGAGGGAGGGAGGGAGGGAGGGAGGGGGUGCUAGAAAGAUAAGAGAAGUGUGCGAUAAAGAUGAGAGGAUGGAGAGGGGUGGGAGGUGAGAAGAAAGAUUGAGAGAGGAGAGGUAAGAUAAAGAGGAUAGUUAGAUGGAGAGAGAGUGAGAGAGAACGGAACGGUUCUCCUUUAUAUAGAAAUGGUUCGAAUGACAGGAAAGAGAUGGAAAAGGGAAGCUCCGAGUUUUCACACACACACACACACACACACACACACACUGUCGUCCUCAUUGACCCCUAUACCCACUCAGUCAUGGCUGUGGCGAAAAAGCUUAGGCCAGUUUUCGAGAGUCCACCAAAUGCUAAGCACCACUUCAUUUUCUGUGACAGUAAAACGCUCCUCCAGCUUCCCCCAGAUUACCAGCAUGCACAGGGCACGGACAGGGCUUGGGAGCGGAGCGGAGUGCCCAGUGCGUUUUUCACGCCUCCUUCACCCUCCACAACAGAGCCCUUGUCCCCUGACUCUCCUCUCGUCCUCUGGGCCCCGGAGAGGACAAUCCGUCCGCUCAGGAGCCAAGGGAAGGUCAAAGGGCACCCUGCCCAAUCGGCAGAGCCCAAAGAGGCAGGGCCUAGUCUCACACGGGGCCCUUUGAGGAAAAAAGAGAGAACCUCACAAUGGCAUCCUACACAUACACACACACACACACUCAAAGCCUGCCAAGAUUUGCCUCACUCUGAUGAAAUAUGCCACCGUUUCACCCCCGCGAUUGUCCUCCGUCAAAAAUGUGACAAAACAAGAGGCUGUUGUGUGUUUAACAAGGAUAAACGAUGUGGAGAUAGAAAUUACACCAUGUCGUCGCAGUUUCCUCCACAGAUCAAUCAGACUUUAUUAUUGGCAUUUUCGUUCAAUAACUCUCAUUUGAUUCUAGCCACUAACGUGGGGGCAGUUGUACAUCCGUUUUUGGGAUUGGUUCUCUGAUUCACUUUGCAUUGACCCCUAGAGGUCAAAACAUGUCUGAGAGUGAACGAGUAUUGGGACAUAGAGCCUCUGUCUACUUGCUCCGUAUCACAGUUCAUCCUCAUGAAAGGCACUACCCCCUCUUCCUACCUUCUUCCCUCCCUUUAAAGCACUCUAGCUUUAGCCCGUUAUCUCCACUCCUCCACUCUCCAGUGUAAUCACCUCUCCACUCCUCCACUCUCCAGUGUAAUCACCUCUCCACUCCUAAUAGGGAGGUAGUAGUGCAGAAUCAGGACCCAGACACAUUAGCAUUGCUCUGAUAGACAGACAGCUCUCCUGCUUCCACCAUCCAUCCCUCAGCCAUCCUCCAUCCAUCCCUCCAUCCCUCCAUCCCCCACCCGCCUUCCUGCACGUUUAAACAUGGAAUUUGAUCGAUCGUAAAACCGUCUGCUAGGCUGGUUGGAAUGCACGUGAUCUACAGGAGUGCGGAUAAUCCUGUUUUUUUGGGGGAGCUACGCGCGUCUGUCAGAAAUGUAGUGCCCAGAGGAAUCAAUUAUGGAUGGUUGUGAGGGUGGGGGUCUGGUUUUGGGCGGCUACGGUGGCAUGCUCUCAAUGACAUCAAAGAGACCGUUAAAUUUGGUAAAGUCCAACCAUAAAGGGGGGUUGGUGUCUCUGUACCAAAAAUGGGGGUGGGGCAGGAGAUCCAGAGUCCACACAUGGGCACGCUUAGUUCUGGUUGAUUUUAGAUUGGUGCAUUCCAUUGAACAAUGAUGCUUUGUUUUGUUAUGGCUACAUGUAUGGCAUGAAUGCAUCCAUGCACAUGCACCUUAUUACGAAUCAUUAUGUUACAAGGCAAUCCAAAAUGUGUACGUGUGUGGUUAAUUGCAUCGGUGUAGGUUUGAUUGAUUUCCUGUCUGAAAUGGCACCCUAUUCCCUAUAUAGUGCACUACCUUUGCUCAGAUGCCAAAGGGGAGGUCCCAUAUGUCUCUGGUCAAAAGUAUUGCACUAUAUACGUAAUGGUGCCAUUUCUGAAACACCCCCAUACAUAAUUAACGUCACAGCUAGAAUCCCAUAAGUCAACCUUUAAGAAUCCCUUUAGCUUUCUUGUUUACAAUGGGCUAGUGUAAAACCCUGAAAAUACUUAUUUAAAAUUACUUAAUCUAAUGACUAAAUAGUGACUAAUUUACCGUAAGUCGUGGCCUAGUAUCGUGAAAAGGUUAAUUGGCUCUCAUACAGUUUGGUGUCCAUGCAUACUUGAUGACGUCAACCAGCUUCAAAAGCCAGAGAGACAGCAAUAUGUACCCCGAAUAGGGUAAAACGAAAACCCAAUUCAUUAUGAAACGAGUUGAAUCUCGCAAUUAAGAACUUGUGUCAGAUCGUAUGUCUAAAAGGAACAGUGUUUGUGUGCAUGCGCAUGUAUGCGACUACAUGCGUUUUGUUUAAGAAUCUGUGGUUUUCAUCCCAUGGCUAAAGAGGCCACAGAGUGCACCUUUAACUCACGUUUUACUAUAGAGAUUUGAGUAACACUUCACAUUAAGUACCCUGCCACAAAACUGUCAUAACAGUGGCUUUACACCUGUAGUCCCAACACUGCCAUGACAUUACAUAUCAGGGAAACGUUGGGAAAUAGUUGGAAUACUUCACAUGUUACAUCUCAGCUCACCCAGAGUGGUAUGUGGCUUGCAGGGGUAAAAUAAGUAGGCUUUGUCUAAGCCUGACCAGAUGUCCCUUCGGGACCCAGAGCUGGCACUAUUUAAACAAAAUCUUGUUUCCUCCCCAUUUUAGACUAGUUUCCUCCAGUUCAGUUCAGUUCGGGGGCCAGUUGGCAACUUGUCCAACCACUGUGGGCUGAAGAACAGUGCACAGCUGACUUUUGUCUUGUGUUAAGGGCCAUUGGCAAAGUUCAGGGAAGGACUGUUGUAUACACUAUUGUUCUGUUGUAUAACAGUAGGAGUGAGGGUGUCGUCUGUUGUUCAUUCCAUCCUAUUAGCACAAUGAAAUGGAAACAAAUAGUUUGAACCUAAUCCAAUGUCAUCCGAUGUGUGAAUUCUCACAGCUGCAUUUUGUAUUGUUCGACUGGGGUUGUGCACUCUGAACGUAAACACAUGUUGUUUGAAAGAUAAUCAUUGUUAUAGACACACGUACACACACACACAAAAACACACCUAGAACCCCACACACCCACAGAACCCCCCCCCCCCCACACACACACACACACACACACACACGUCUAGUUGAGAGAUGACGACAGGCACCAGUGGUUAAUUGCCGUUCUCUCUUGACUGUCUGUCCCCAGGGCACCAAUCUGACUGACAUCUGCACCGAGCUGCUGCUCCACGGUAACCUGCUCAAGAUCUCUGCUGGCAACAUCCAGGAGAGAGUCUUCUUCCUGUUCGACAACCUCUUGGUCUACUGCAAGAGGAAAUCUAGGUGAGAACGAGGGAGGGAGGAGACGUGGGGAUGGGGGAGGGAAAGCAAGAGGGAGGGAGGGCGAGUGGGAGGUUGUGGGGGGGUGACUGAGGGGAGGGAGGGAGGGAGGGAGGGAGGGAUGGAAGGGAGAGGGAGAGAGAGAGAGGGAGGGAGGUGGGGAUGCAAGUACCUCGUGAAAGUGGUGGGAAUGAGCACAACAAGCUUUUUCAUUCAGUGAUGAGAAGUCCAGUGGCAGAAAGAAGCCAGACGUGGAAAAAUUGAGUGAAUUCCCAAAUCCUGUUUGUGUAGUGUGUACCAAGCUCAUUUUAGAUACAAACAAAUCAAGUCCACCUAACGUUGUGUGUGUGUGCUUCAGGACUGUGAAGUUAUUAUAUAUAUAUAUUUUUAAGUUGGCAACAAAUUGCAUUUUUCUCUGCAGAGAAAAACUCAUUUUUGCCAUUUUCUGUUCAAUUUCCUAGGGUUUCUGGGAAGAAGUCCACCAAGAGGACCAAGUCCAUCAACGGUCCCCUGUACCUGUUCCGAGGAAGAAUCAACACAGAGGUGAUGGAGGUGGAAAACGUUGAGGACGGAACAGGUUUGUACCAGUCCCACCAGUCUUCAGUUCAUAUACUGUACAGUGCUGUGAAAAAGUAUUUGCCCCCUUUCUGUCGUCCAGGUCCUGAGGCAGCAAAGCAACCCCAAACCAUCACACUACCACCACCAUGCUUGACCGUUGGUGUAAGCUUCUUACUGUGGAAUGCAGUGUUUGGUUUUAGCCAGGUAUAAUGGGACCAUGUCGUCUUUGUAAACUCAGGUUCCCUUGAUCUGAUUACAUUCAGUAUUAAAAAUAUGCAAAAAUAGAGAAAAUCAGAAAGAGCGCAAAUACUUUUUCACUACACUGUAGGAACAUCAUCCCUCUUCACCCCUCCAUUUAUUCAUUCAUUCAAUCAUCCAUCCAUUGCUCUAUUCAUUCAUCCAUAUGUCUGUUUAGCCAUUUAUCACAUUUAUCUUCCAUCAGUUGAUAUUUUUCUUUCUAUUUAUUUGGGAUUAACUCACUACAGGUCUGGCUGAUGUAAAAUCAUAAACUAAUUACACAAACCCAUUCUUUCUAUGCUACAGUGUUACUUAGGCUUCAUACAAACAAAGAGUAUUUGUUUCAUUUGAACUCUAUUUUCCCACAAAAAACAAGAUAACGAAUUCACUGAUAGAAUAGGUGAUACAAAUCUGAUGAGUGCUUACAGUUUGGGUGCAGCUAUAAAAUCUUGUAUAGGUUUCUCACACUUUGAAUGAUAGAUAGGGUGGUUAUAUGAAUUUGACGAGUGCUUGCUCGCAGUGAUAAGGUCUUACAUUGGUUCAGACAGGAUGCACAACCUGCAUUUCUCACCUUUGAACUUCUGGGAUAGCUGCUGCAUGAACUGGAACUUACCAACUUACCACACUGUUCUGCUCAUUUUGCUCUGGUGAUUUAUUGCACACUAGCCUGUUUUUGCAAGACCUGGGUUAAAAUAGUAUUUUAAAUGUUUCAAAUACUUUAGCUUUGCUUGAUUGAGCUUACCUGGUGAAUAGAAACAAUAAAAUAGUUCCAAAACUGCCAACCCCGCAUAUCUUGCAUUCCGGGCAGGCUCAAGCAAACGUUCAAAGUAUUUGAAAGAUUUCAAGAACUAUUUGAACCCAGGUCUGAUUGUUUUCUCUUGUAGCUGUAGCUCUACCUAAAGGGCCUUAGGGGUAGAAAUACACUUUUUCCUCUCACAUGCCUCCUUUCUGUGCUCCGCGGGCUGUUUGCUGCCUAUCGCCUGGUACUGUACGUUCAGAGGUAACCACAAAGAAAAAUAUUAUGUUCUCUCUCUCUGUAUGUUUCUCAGAGACACCCUAUAACCUGAUUUUUACAUUUUUUUUUUAAAUACUUUAGUCAUUUAGCAGACGCUCUUUUCCAGAGCGACUUACAAUUAGUGAGUGCAUACAUUUUUCAUACUGGCCCCCCGUGGGAAACGAACCCACAACCCUUGCGUUGCAAGCGCCAUGCUCUACCAACUGAGCUACAGGAGGGCCAGUGAUAGUGAGACUAAGGUCAUGUGCCCUCUUUACACUGCGAGUUUAACUUCUAUGUGUCUAAGGGUAUUAAUGUGUUGAUUUGUAGCAUUGUAGAAGCCCAACGAAUCACCCUUGAAAUAUCUGCGCUUUUAAACCGUUCAGUUGACAAUUUAAAGCAGGGCUCUCCAACCCUGUUCCUGGAGAGCUACCCUCCUGUAGGUUUUCGCUCCAACACCAGUUGUAACUAACCUGAUUCAGUUUAUCAACCAGCUAAUUACUAUAAUCAGGUGUGCUAGUUUAGGGUUAGAGUGAAAACCUAAAGUAAUAUGUUUAGAGUAAUAAGAAUAUUGAGUGAAGACGUUUGAAUGAGAUUUGUAGUUUGUAUCUUGACGGGCCUGUGUUCUUCCACUGAAGAUUACAACCUUGAAAUGCACUGACAGCAAGUUUCCCGUUCACACGAAGAGCGACUCAGUGUUUUGGCGUGAAUGCAUACAUCACACAUCACACUAAUUUAAAUUAAUGCAAUAACAUGACCCUCCUCCCACAUCCACUAUUGUUUGACACACACACCUAAACACGAUUAGCCCUUUUUAUGCUCCCCUCUCUCUCCCUCCCUCUCUCCCUCCCUCCCUCCCUCUCUCCCUCCCUCCCUCCCUCGCUCUCUAUCCCUCGGGGCCAGGGGGUUUCACAUCUAUUUAUAUGACCUUUUAACAUUACACUAAUGUACUUCCAUUACCCCAGCCCAUUCAUUAUGCAUUACAGUCACCUGGAGCCAAAUAGCUGGUAAAAUUGGAAUGGAGGAGAGGGAGAGCGAGAGAGAGAGAGGGAGACAAGGAGACGGAAUGCGAGGGAGAAAGCGAGACGGACCUUACUGUCGAGUCAGCGGAAAGAUGUAUUUGACUACUUAGUUAUUGUUUGUUAUUUUAAUUAGCAGUACUUACAGUAUGAUGGAUAUUUGAGCUCUUGAGGUAUUUCAAAGACAAGUGAAGCUUGAGAGUGGUGUGGCUGGGCUGUAUUACCCUCCCAGUUACUACUGAGGUCAAGACGAGUUCAUGAACACUGCAUGUUUUAUCCCCAAGAAAAGCUAGUACAGUAUUAAUAUCAAUGUCCAUCAAUAGCAUUGAGGUUAAAUGUAAUAAGAUUAUUUCUAUAAGAGGGGUCACAUGUUGGGUGUGUACCAUGGUCCGUUAAUAGUUUUUUACCUCGUUUCAGCCGACUACCACAGCAACAACUACACGGUGACCAGCGGCUGGAAGAUCCACAACACGGCCAAGAACAAGUGGUUCGUCUGCAUGGCCAAGAACGCAGAGGACAAGCAGAAGUGGCUCGAUGCCAUCUUGAGGGAACGAGAGCAGAGAGAGAGUGAGUAUAACAAAAAGGGGCAUGUCCUCGCUUUUGGAGUCCUGCUCCCCCUCCCUUGAGAAUGUGAGGCUAUCAUGUUUUCCGAUUGUGCUGUACUGUCUGACCUCAGACUUAUACAGUAUCUCAACAACGCUAUGCUGUGGUGAGCUAACACAAUUGAAGGUUCAGAAUAAAUGGUUAGCUUUGCAAGAGGUUACAAAUGGAUUCCCUCUGUUGUGAGAGAUCAUGCAGUAUGUAUGCAAAUGAAUUUGUGCAUCACUAGGACGGUUGUGGUAUGCUUAUGGUAUGUCUUACUGCCCAUUGUCACUCUCUCUCUGGCUUUUGUUUCAUAAAUACAUAAAGAUCGUGGCAUAAUUAUUACCAAAUGAAUGCAGAAGAACAGUCUGGAGUUUAACAUUCAAAGGAAAGAGCCAGCCGCCUCUUACGGUGCAGUACGAGACCCGUGUUUGCUAAUCAACACCCCCAAGAAGAGAGCGCACUCUAUCCAACAGUUAAUUUACAAACAAACUCAAGAUGCGCUAAAAACAGAUUCUUCGAUCCCAGCAAGAGCCUGAAAUAGAGAAGCAGUAGCAGCUUGCCAGAAACGGCAGCUCACGAGAGAGUAUUGCAACACAGUACCCAUCACGGGUUGUUGUCUGUCUGUGAGACCGCUCCGUUCUCUCUCUGUUUUGUCUAGCCAACUAUACCGUGGCAUGAAAAUGAGGCUUGUAACACAUUUUGGAUGCCAUUUCUCGACUUGGUGUGUAGCGAUUGCAGACCUUUGACAUGAAUUGGCAGCUUGGGAGCAGGUUUCAUGAACUGUGUAAUUAAUAGUGUGUUCAAAUCGAGUCACACCCAAAACAUCCUGUCACUGGAAUAAAAGGAUAUUUUUGUCCUCUUUAAAAAAUAAUGGCACUAAAAUACCCCUUCUAGUUAAAAUGUGCUAUUUGCAGUAGUGUUUGACUACACAUUGAAAACAUGUAUUUUGAGGAAGAUGGGUUAUUUGUUCAAAACGUCAUUGUAAGCUGAGCACUCUUACUCGUCUUGUUUAAUGACUUUGCCUCCAUUCCCCCCCCCCCCUCUUUUGACUUCAAAAGUGUCUCCACAUGCGGAGUAAGGACACCUGUUCAGCACUGGCCACCUGUCUUUGUGUUUGUGUGCGCAUUGGGGCGUGCCAAUAAAGCUUGAAAGGCUUUUACUGACUUCUGUGGCUGUAGGCAUGGUGACACCUGAUAGCAUUGGAGGCAGAAAUCACAACUGCUGUCCCCCCAAGCUGUAAAUGUAUGGAAAGGAUUAAACUUAAACAGCGGAGGGUUUUGAACAUCCAACCAUACCUGUGUUCUAGCUGUUUACAACAACUGUAGCUUUAAUAUUUCAAAUGUAGCAAAUGAGCCUUCCACAUGGACUUGUGCGACCGGUCACCUGAUCCUGUGGCUAAAGGGAAGAAGUGGAGCUUUGCAGAGUACCAAGGGCCAUGUUGGGUAUUGGGUUACGGCAGGCGGAAAUUGACCUGAGGCUAACAGAUGCCAGAUCAGUCACAGUGCAGCCAACCCCACACCACACCUCACACCCUAACCCCCCUCCCUGUACCCCCGGCCUUGCCCACAUCUGGAAGGCUUGACCAUGGCCAUUAGAUCCUGAGUACAUCCCUUUCAUCCCUGUUUCACUAUUGAUACCUAACCCAUUGUUGAAUCCCAAUUUCCCACAGCACACCUCUUUUAAAUGUCCCCUUGUUUUGCCAUGGCACUGGCUUCAGUUGGACAUUUUGGUUGUGGCCCCUUUUAAAUACUCCCAAGACAGAUCCAUUAUUUUUGCCCUGCCAGCUGGAUGGGGCUGGUAUCGUCUUAGCAGUGUUUUCGUAGAGGCUGAGUGGAAAUGAGUGGGCUAACAUGUUAGCCUGUUUGCCUGUGCCAGUGAGAGUGGGAAGAGGGGGCCUCUGGACUGGCUCUGACAGCUGGACCAGCAGCCCAGGGCCGGGGGCCCCUUGCACCAGGACCAGACCCCAGUCUGUUCAAUGACUCUUUGUUUGAAUCCACUCCAGCUGCUGUCAAGUGUAAUCCAACCCCCCCCUCCAUCAGCGGCACCAAGCUCUGGCACCCCCGCACAUUUUGUUGGAAUUGUCUUGAGUCCCACGGUUUAGCAGGACAGAGAGGCUGAUGAUGGAGCUCCAAAGUUCAGAGAGCCCAACAGUGGAGUUUAGCAGCUCACUGAGCCCCACAGUGGAGUUUAGCCAGUCAGAGAGCCUCACAGUGGCGCUCCAAAGUUCAGUUAGCCCCACAGUGGAGUUAAGCUGCUCAGAGCCCCAUGGUGGAGUUAUGGUUUAGAAGCUGUAUGAGCAUGCUGGACCUUCAAAGGGCUCAACAUCAACAGACUGUAGUUUUGAAUUGUCUACACAUAUUUGUCAUAAUUGAACAUAUUUCUCACUCAAGGGUGUUGCAGCUUGGUAAACAUAACUGCUGCUCUACACUAAAGAUAAAGAACUCAGUGGCGUCAUAGUACAUUAGCAGGCGACACAGUACUUUGUUCUAGACCUGGACAGACUAACUUCUGGCUUUCCCUCCGUUGGAGGCGGCAGACACGAGCCGCCAUGCUCCACUCCUCUCCUACCCCUGUACCGUGUCAGAAACCCCAACGGGGCCCUACAGGCAGGGCCAUUGUGUCUUCUCACAGCCCUGUGACAGCCUCUUCCCCCCCGGGGGCUGAAACGCAUAGAUGUCUGAGGGCUGACUGGAGGAAAUGGUGGUGUCCCUCAGGGCUCGGUGUUGGGCCCUCUUUUGUUUUUGUUGGCAAUGUGAGACAAUAGCUGCUGCUGCUGCUGCUGCCCCCCCAUGCCAGCCAGAGUGCCAGACAACGGAACCAGCAUGAUGUCUUAGGCAGUGAGAGGAAUGAUCUGUAGUCUCUCUCUCUCUCUCUCACUCUCACUCUCACUCUCACUCUCACUCUCACACACACACACACACACACACACACACACACACACACACACACACACACACACACACAUUCUCGGACCACACAGUUUAUCUUUACUCCUAGACUCACUGUUGGGUUAGAAAUAUACUAAUAACCGUUUAUAACAACUCAGGCUUUCGAUAAUGAACUUCAUAUGCAAAAUGCUUUGGUGUCUGACCCCUUGAGUGUUUCUCUGUUGGUUGCAGGUCUGAAGCUGGGGAUGGAGCGGGAUGCCUACGUGAUGAUCGCUGAGAAGGGCGAGAAGCUCUACCACAUGAUGAUGACCAAGAGCCGCCAUCUGAUCAAGGACCGGCGCCGGAAGCUGAGCAUCGUUCCCAAGUGCUUCAUGGGAAAGUGAGUUCUUCCAUACUGAACAGUCCAUUGCUUUUGUGCAGGCUAAGCUUCAAAUCUCAAAUGGUACAGUGGUUGGAUGACAACAAUAGGUGCUCAGUCGAGGGGGUGACCUUCGAACUGUCAACAAGGGUACUUUUAAGACAUCUUCAAGGUACAAAUACAUGAAAAAUGUGGGAUUACUCCACUGAACCAAAACUUCUGCUGUUAAUAGUGAUCAUAUUAUAAAUACAUUGAUAAUAACUUAUCGUUUCACAAUUACAUUAAAGUCCCUACAUACUGUAGAUCUGAGGGAGGUGGAUCACAACAGGGAUGUUGUGUUGAGAAGGGCUCCAUCCAUUCUAUCCAUCCAUUCCAACGAACCAUUAAUCACAUUCACAAACUCAUACUGACUAAUUUCUGUUGCAUAUAAUUACCGGCCACUGAGAAGUAGAGGAGGAAUUGAAUCCUGGCAGAAUGCCUAAUCUGCCCCUAUCAUUACAUCUCUCCUGGCCUGCCAUAAUGAUACCUACUGUAAUCACCCCUGCAUUUGGAGCGGCCUAAGUUGUUUCCCUUACACACCGUAUCAUCAAGCAGGCGCUUCCUGAGUCUGCCGGCAUUUCCUCAACCAUGUGCACACGUGCCCGUGCACAUACACAAACACACACUUAAGCAUACCAAAUGCACGCAUUCACGCACACACACUACACACCACUUCCUAAUACAAUCAGUUUCCCAACCCCAGAACUGAUGAGUGAGAUGUCUAGGAGUUGUUUUCCAUCCUAUGUUGGGAGCCAAGAACUUUGUUGUCAGAGGCGAUGGUUCUCAACCAACACAGAGACCUUCCCUGUAACUGCUAGAGCAUCAUUAGAAAGACCUUUUAACAGCGAGCCACUGGACUAAGCAGCUCUUUUUUUCCUGUCCCCCCAGUCUUUCAAUGCCAUGAGUGAACAGUGAGGGCCUAGUUUGCCUGCAGUAAUGCAUUUUCCAUUACGCCCCACAGCUCCACGCACACAGUGUUUUGCGAGAUUCCAAGCAGUAAUUUAAAUUCGUUAUUAUUUGGCACAAUUUUUCGGGGUAAAAGAGGGUAAAACGGUGAUGGUGAUCAUUGGGGCUUACAUUAUGGAGUCAGUCAGCAUCCAAGGAAAAUAUUGAAUGAGUUUCUAUAGAACUGUAAAACACAAUGCAACCUGCAAUGAAAUGUCAGGGAGGUAAGAUUCGAUGGGCAUUAUAGGUGGGGCUGUUGCCAUUAUGUCUUCAGCUUUCAGUAUUAUUUGAGAUAACACUGACAGGUAGUGUAGGCUCCUGUAUCCGAUUUAGUAAAGGGUUAAAGUUCACUAUCCCAACCGGGCAAAAAUACAUUGCUCAAAAAAAUAAAGGGAACACUUAAACAACACAUCCUAGAUCUGAAUGAAUGAAAUAAUCGUAUUAAAUACUUUUUUCUUUACAUAGUUGAAUGUGCUGACAACAAAAUCACACAAAAAUGAUCAAUGGAAAUCAAAUGUAUCAACCCAUGGAGGUCUGGAUUUGGAGUCACCCUCAUAAUUAAAGUGGAAAACCACACUACAGGCUGAUCCAACUUUGAUGUAAUGUCCUUAAAACAAGUCAAAAUGAGGCUCAGUAGUGUGUGUGGCCUCCACGUGCCUGUAUGACCUCCCUACAACGCCUGGGCAUGCUCCUGAUGAGGUGUCUCCAGACUCUGUCACGUCUGUCACAUGUGCUCAGUGUGAACCUGCUUUCAUCUGUGAAGAGCACAGGGCGCCAGUGGCGAAUUUGCCAAUCUUGGUGUUCUCUGGCAAAUGCCAAACGUCUUGCACGGUGUUGGGCUGUAAGCACAACCCCCACCUGUGGACGUCGGGCCCUCAUACCACCCUCAUGGAGUCUGUUUCUGACCGUUUGAGCAGACACAUGCACAUUUGUGGCCUGCUGGAGGUCAUUUUGCAGGGCUCUGGCAGUGCUCCUCCUGCUCCUCCUUGCACAAAGGCGGAGGUAGCAGUCCUGCUGCUGGGUUGUUGCCCUCCUACGGCCUCCUCCACGUCUCCUGAUGUACUGGCCUGUCUCCUGGUAGCGCCUCCAUGCUCUGGACACUACGCUGACAGACACAGCAAACCUUCUUGCCACAGCUCGCAUUGAUGUGCCAUCCUGGAUGAGCUGCACUACCUGAGCCACUUGUGUGGGUUGUAGACUCCGUCUCAUGCUACCACUAGAGUGAAAGCACCGCCAGCAUUCAAAAGUGAAAACAUCAGCCAGGAAGCAAAGGAACUGAGAAGUGGUCUGUGGUCACCACCUGCAGAACCACUUCUUUAUUGGGGGUGUCUUGCUAAUUGCCUAUAAUUUCCACCUGUUGUCUAUUCCAUUUGCACAACAGCAUGUGAAAUGUAUUGUCAAUCAGUGUUGCUUCCUAAGUGGACAGUUUGAUUUCACAGAAGUGUGAUUGACUUGGAGUUACAUUGUGUUGUUUAAGUGUUCCCUUUAUUUUUUUGAGCAGUGUACAUUGAACCAAAUGUAUGGACGUUGGACAUCAAUGGAAUUUUUGGUUGAAAACACAAUAAGUGGUCAAAGUAUACAUUUUAACCAGUUUUCAACCACAAAUCAAUGAAAGGAAUUCCCGUUUGUUGACAACUGAAUUAAAUAUUAACCAAAUAUGGACGUUGAUUUUAUGUUACGUCAAGUUUUUGUCCCGGAGGGUAACUACUAUCAUAUCAAAGACGAGGUUUAAUGCAACUCAAUUAGGAAGGUGUUCUUAAUGUUUUGUACACUCAUUGGCUAUCACAGCAGGCUUACUUGUUUUAAAUUAUCCUCACUUUCCAGCCACGCAUUCCCUGAACAAUGCAAUUUAUUUUACGCUGAAUGUGUAAGCAUAAUCCCUAAAAACCAGGGGUGGAAUGAAGAAAGGACUAAAUGUGGCAGAUUGUUUGAAACUAACUGGUUGGCGUUUUUUUUUUAAUGUGCUAAACAGUUCAACAGUUUAGCUAGUGUCCUUUGCAGCCGCUCUGGAAAGUUAAACUUUUCCUCUGCAUUGGAAAACACACACACUGUUCAGAAAUCACAUCCAGGGCUGGUUAUAGGAGGGUGCUGGAUUGGGCAUUGCCCACCCUAAAUAUAAUUUUGUCCACCCAAUCAGAAAUAAUGGAACAUAUUUUAAAUGGUAAAAUAAAUGCAUGCUUAUUUAAAAUUUAAGCCAUAAAGCUGAGGAGCAAGAUGUUGUCCUUAAUGUGACACUACUGAGGGCAAAAGGGGGGGGGGGGGGGGGGGGGGGGGGCACUCAAUAGUAGGAAGGUGUCCUUAAUGUUUUGUACACUCAGUGCCCUAUUUUGAAAGGGGACCUACUUGACAUUUUUACCUCAGGUCCCUUGUUCAAGAGGAAGCAAGCCUCUUGUUGACUCACUGAUAACAAUAUUUCAAAUAGCUAACUUGGAUGACAUCAUUGUAGCACGCUGUAGAAAAUGAAUUAAUGAAGCUUAAGUUUGCUAGCAGAACUUCAGAUACAGACAUGUGCACACACACACACACACACACACACACACACAAACAGCCUCUCUGUAUUCUCAUCAUUAGCAGUGAUUUACUCCUUGGUGUGACCGCUCCAGUGUCAAAAUUAACCAGAACUCUUAUGUAACACCCCACCUGGCCAGAUGCACUUAAGUCUUCUGCCAAUGUCAAUCAGCAGCAUGUCUCUUUGAAACACACACACGCAGUCGCGCACACACAUACACACACACAGACACACACAGACACACACUUGAGGUGCACUAUAGAGAUCUGUCUGACAAUCACCUCCACCUCCUGCACACACACCCCACCACCACCACCACCACCACUGACCUAAAAAAGCAGUACCACCAUUCAGUAGGUCGUGAGUGACUCUUUUAUUUAUGGUAAAAUAUGCCCAUUGGACAGACGCGCAGGUGGGAGCAGAUGGCUCAAGGUGUCUGUGUUCUAGCAUGAACACACACGAAACAGGGAUCACACGUUUACUGCUUUCACAGUGAUACCCACAAACACACACACACACACAAUUUGACGUGAACCCGCGGGAAUCACACUUUUAUUCUGCUUUCACAGCAGGGCACACAAGCAUGCUUACACACACACACACAGACAGACCGACACAGACAGACAGAGACUCACACUUGUUUUUCUAUCCUUGUGGGGACCUAAAAUGUAUUUCCAUUCAACAUCUUAUUUUCCCUAAACCCUAACCUUAACUCUAACCUUAACCACUAAACCUAGAUGGAGCACAAUAUGGCACCGACAGACAGUCGCCCUGUUUCUAGCUCCUAGCCAACAUUGUAGUAUUUUUUUGUGUUAUUUCUUAUUAUUAUUUACGUUUCUUGUAUUAUUACCUACAGACGGAAAUAACUUUGGGAUAUUAGAUCGGCGGUCACUCACCAGAAAUUCAAGCAGAAAUUUGACUUCCCUGACCUAGAUCCUUUGUUUGAACUUUCCGAGGCAGCUCUGUUCAUCCCAGGGGCUGCACCAAAACGUUGACGCCGGAGAAGGAGGUAGAAGGAGUGAGGCCCUAGUCAGACUCAAGCAGCGUGCAUACCAUCCACCGCUUCGGAGUAUAUUACUUGCUAAUGUUCAGUCCCUGAACAAUAAAAUAGACAAGCUCAGGGCAAGGGUCUCUUUCCAGAGAGACAGCAGGAACUCUAACAUACUCUGUUUUAUGGAAUCAUGGCUCUCUCUGGAUAUAUUGUCCCUGUCCAUUCAGCCAGCGGGGUUCUCCGUUCAUCGGGCAGAGAGGAAGAAAGAACUCUCCAGGAAAAAGAAAGGCGGAGGUGUAUGUUUCAUGAUUAACAACUCAUGGUGUGAUUGUGUUAACGUAUAGGAACUCAAACCCUUUUGUUCUCCCGAUCUGGAAUAUCUCACCAUCAAAUGCCGGCCACAUUACCUCCCGAGAUGAUAAUUUUAUUAAUUGUCAUUGCCAUGUACAGUGGGGACAAAAAGUAUUUAGUCAGCCACCAAUUGUGCAAGUUCUCCCACUUAAAAAGAUGAGAGAGGCCUGUAAUUUUCAUCAUAGGUACACGUCAACUAUGACAGACAAAUUGAGAAAAAGAAAUCCAGAAAAUUACAUUGUAGGAUUUUUAAUGAAUUUAUUUGCAAAUUAUGGUGGAAAAUAAGUAUUUGGUCACCUACAAACAAGCAAGAUUUCUGCCUCUCACAGACCUGUCACUUCUUCUUUAAGAGGCUCCUCUGUCCUCCACUCAUUACCUGUAUUAAUGGCACCUGUUUGAACUUGUUAUCAGUAUAAAAGACACCUGUCCACAACCUCAAACAGUCACACUCCAAACUCCACUAUGGCCAAGACCAAAGAGCUGUCAAAGGACACCAGAAACAAAAUUGUAGACCUGCACCAGGCUGGGAAGACUGAAUCUGCAAUAGGUAAGCAGCUUGGUUUGAAGAAAUCAACUGUGGGAGCAAUUAUUAGGAAAUGGAAGACAUACAAGACCACUGAUAAUCUCCCUCGAUCUGGGGCUCCACGCAAGAUCUCACCCCGUGGGGUCAAAAUGAUCACAUGAACGGUGAGCAAAAAUCCCAGAACCACACGGGGGGACCUAGUGAAUGACCAUCAGAGAGCUGGGACCAAAGUAACAAAGCCUACCAUCAGUAACACACUACGCCGCCAGAGACUCAAAUCCUGCAGUGCUAGAUGUGUCCCGCUGCUUAAGCCAGUACAUGUCCAGGCCCGUCUGAAGUUUGCUAGAGUGCAUUUGGAUGAUCCAGAAGAGAAUUGGGAGAAUGUCAUAUGGUCAGAUGAAACCAAAAUAGAACUUUUUGGUAAAAACUCAACUCGUCGUGUUUGGAGGACAAAGAAUGCUGAGUUGCAUCCAAAGAACACCAUACCUACUGUGAAGCAUGGGGGUGGAAACAUCAUGCUUUGGGGCUGUUUAUCUGCAAAGGGACCAGGACGACUGAUCCGUGUAAAGGAAAGAAUGAAUGGGGCCAUGUAUCGUGAGAUUUUGAGUGAAAACCUCCUUCCAUCAGCAAGGGCAUUGAAGAUGAAACGUGGCUGGGUCUUUCAGCAUGACAAUGAUCCCAAACACACCGCCUGGGCAACGAAGGAGUGGCUUCGUAAGAAGCAUUUCAAGGUCCUGGAGUGGCCUAGCCAGUCUCCAGAUCUCAACCCCAUAGAAAAUCUUUGGAGGGAGUUGAAAGUCUGUGUUGCCCAGCGACAGCCCCAAAACAUCACUGCUCUAGAGGAGAUCUGCAUGGAGGAAUGGGCCAAAAUACCAGCAACAGUGUGUGAAAACCUUGUGAAGACUUACAGAAAACGUUUGACCUGUGUCAUUGCCAACAAAGGGUAUAUAACAAAGUAUUGAGAAACUUUUGUUAUUGACCAAAUACUUAUUUUCCACCAUAAUUUGCAAAUAAAUUCAUUAAAAAUCCUACAAUGUGAUUUUCAGGAUUUCUUUUCUCAUUUUGUCUGGCAUAGUUGACGUGUACCUAUGAUGAAAAUUACAGGCCUCUCUCAUCUUUUUAAGUGGGAGAACUUGCACAAUUGGUGGCUGACUAAAUACUUUUUUCCCCCACUGUAUAUUCCCCCCGAAGCUGACACUGCGAUGGCUCUCAAGGAACUACACUGGACUACAUGCAAACUGGAAAACACAUAUCCUGAGGCCGCAUUUAUUGUAGCUGGGGACUUUAAUAAAGGAACUCUGAGGAAAACUCUACUGAAAUUCUAUCAACACAUGUCCUGUGCUACAUGCGAAACACUUACUCUGGAUCAUUGCUACUGUCCAUUCCUGGAUGGCUACAAGGCCCUCCCCCGCCCUCCCUUUGGCAAAUCAGAUCACGCCUCCAUUCUACUUCUCCCCACCUAUAGGCAGAAGCUUAAACAGGAAGCUCCCGUGGUAAGGACUAUUUCAACGUUGGUCUGACCAAUCAAAAUCUAUGCUUCAAGAUUGUUUUGAACACGCAGACUUGGAAAUGUUCUGGGUUGCCUCUGAGAAUAGUAUCAACGUAUACACUGACUCUGUGACUGGGUUCAUCAGGAAGUGCAUAGAGGAUGUUGUUCCCACUGUGACGAUUAGAACUUAUCCAAACCAAAAUCUCUGGAUAGAUGGCAGCAUUCACGCAAAACUGAAAGUGGGAACCACCACAUUUAACCAUGGCAAGGUGACUGGGAACAUGGACGUGUACAAACAAAACAGCUACGACAUCCGUAAGGCAAUCCAAGAGGAAAAGAGCAGUACAGGGACAAACUGGAGUCACAAUUCAAUGACUCAGACACGAGACGUAUGUGGCAGGGACUUCAGACAAUCACGGAUUAUAAAGGGAAAGGCAGACACCUCACUCCCAGACGAGCUAAAUACCUAGGCCCGCUUCGAGGAAAACAACGUAGAGCUGCUGAUGUGGGCCCCCGACACUCAUGAGGACUGUGUGCGCUCGUUCUCCGUGGCUGACGUGAGCAAGUCAUUUAAACAUGCUAAUCCUCGCAAGGCUGCCGGCCCAGGCGCCAUCCCAAACCGCGUCCUCCGAGCAUGUGUAGACCAGCUAGCUGGAGCAUUUACGGACAUAUUCAAUCUCUCUAUAUCGCAGUCUGUUGUUUAUUCCUGUACCCAAGAAACUGACUAUGACUAUAGCCCCGUAGCACUCACUUCUGUCAUUAUGAAGUGCUUUGAGGCUAGUUAAGGACCAUAUCACCUCCACCUUACCUGACACCCUAGACCCAAUACAAUUUGCAUAUCGCCCCAACAGAUCCACUGACGACGCAAUCACCAUUACACUGCCCUUUCCCACCUGGACAAUAAAAAUACAUAUGUAAGAAUGCUGUUCCUCGACUACAGCUCAGCCUUCAACACCAUAGUGCACUCCAAGCUCAUCACUAAGCUCAGGGCCCUGGGUCUGAACCACUCCCUGUGCAACUGGGUCCUGGACUUCCUGACGGGCCAAACCCAAGAGGUGAAGGUAGGCAACAACUCCUCCGCCACACUGAUCCUCAACACGGGGUCCACACGGGUGCAUGUUCAGCCCCCUCCUAUACUCCCUGUUCACCCAUGACUGCAUGGCCAUGUCUCCAACUCAAAUAUCAAGUUUGCUGAUGACACAACAGUGGUAGGCCUGAUUACCAACAACGACGAGACAGCCUACAGGGAGGAGGUGAGAGCGCUGGCAGAGUGUUGCAAAGAAAAUAAUCUCUCCCUCAAUGUCAACAAAAAUGAAGGAGCUGAUUGUGGACUACAAGAGACAGCAGAGAGAGCCCCCCACCCACAUCGACUGGGCUGCAAUAGAAAGGGACAAAAGCUUCAAGUUCCUCGGCAUGCACAUCACUCACAACCUGAAAUGGUCCCUUCACACAGACAGUGUGGUGAAGAAGGCGCAACAGCGCCUCUUCAACCUCAGGAGGCUGAAGAAAUGUGUCUUGGCCCCUAAGACCCUCACAAGCAUCCUGUCGGGCUGUAUCACCGCCUGGUACGGCAAUUGCACCGUCUGCAACCACAGAGAGUGGUGCGGUCAGCCCAACGCAUCACCCGGGCCACACUGCCCUCCAGGACAUCUACAGCACCCGGUGUCACAGGAAGGCCAAGAAGAUCAUCAAGGACCUCAGCUAUCCAAGGCAUGGCCUGUUCACCCGCUACCAUCUAGAAGGCAGAGACAGUACAGGUGCAUCAAAGCUGAGACCGAGAGACUGAGAAACCGCUUCUAUCUCCAGGCCAUCAGACUGUUAAACAGUCACCACUAGCCGGCCUCCGCCCAGUACCCUGCCCUGAACCUUAGAGACUGCUGCCUUAUCUACAUAGUCAUUGAAUAAUGGUGACUUUAAUAAUGUUUACUUACUGUUUCACACACUUUAUAUGUGUAUACUGUAUUCAAGUCAUGGCUCAUCCUAUAUAACUUAUUUUUUUAUUUGUCUUGAUUAUGUGUGUAUUUUUAUAAAUUUUUUUAUUGCUGGGUAUUACUGCACUGUUGAAGCUAGAAACACAAGCAUUUCGCUGCACCUGCGAUAACAUCUGCAAAUCUGUGUACGUGACCAAUGAACGUUGAUUUUGAUUUGAUAACCCGAAUUGUAACCCUAAACCUAACACCUAACCCCGAAGGACAGAAAAACAAGACCACACACACAUUGCAUGAACACAAGCAUACAUACAUUUUGGCAUUGACACACACAGAAAUCACACAUUUGGCCUGCUUUCGCAGGAAUGCUCAUGAACACACACACAUUUAUUAUGAAAAUAAAUGCACAGGAAUCACACGUUUAGGCUGAUUUCGCAGCAGAGCACACGAGCAAACACCUAGGUCGUCCCAUGAAAUUGUGCACCAAUAUUGUGCCCUUUUAAUAUAGACUACAUGGAGAAUUCAAUAAAUCAGAUUUGUAAUAUCAAUAAAGACUUGCUUAAGUGCCAAAAUGCUGCAUUUUGACAUGUCCCUCCACAUGACUUAACCCCAUAUUUAAGCCCAUUGUUUCUCCAUGUUUUCACCAUCAUUGUGAAGCCCUUGUUAUUUUGUUGCUUUGACAGUCUUUUCUGAUGAUGAUUUCUGAUGAUGAUUAUUUAUUAUUAUUAUUAUUAUUAUUAUUUAGUGAUUCAGUUUUAGGUAAAAAAUAUAUAACUUUCCCUCAUUUAAGGUCAACCCUGUUACGUGAACUGAACUCUCAUUUUAACAUGGUGAAACUAUUCCUUAUUUUUUUAUUUUUUUAAGAAACAUGAUAUACUGAACAAUAAUAUAAACGCAAUAUGUAAAGUCUUGGUCCCAUGUUUCAUGAGCUGAAAUAAAAGAUCCCAGAAAUUUUCCAUACGCACAAAAAGCUUAUUUCUCUCAAAUGUUGUGCACAUUUGUUUACAUCCCUGUUAGUGAGCCUUUCUGCUUUGCCUAGAUAAUCCAUCCACCUGACAGGUGUGGCAUAUCAAUAAAAGGUAUUGUCACACAACACUAUGCCACAGAUGUCUCCAGUUUUGAGAGAGUGUAAUUGGCAUGCUGACCGCAGGAAUGGCCAACAGAACUGUUUCCAGAUAAUUUAAUAUUCAUUUCUCUACCAUAAGCCGCCUCCAACGUCGUUUUAGAGAAUUUGGCAGUACAUUCAACCGGCCUCACAACUGCAGACCAUGUGUAACCACGCCAGCCCAGGACCUCCACAUUCGUCUUUGUCUGAGGAGGGGGGUGCUGAGGAGUAUUUCCGUCUGUAAUAAAGUGUGGGGAAAAACUCGUUCCGAUUGGCUGGGCCUGGCUCUCCAGUGGGUGGGCCUGGCUCCCAAGUGGGUGGGUCUAUGCCCUAUUCAAAAAAGAACCAUCGCGCUCUUCCAGAAGCUUGGGUGGUGCGUAAAACCCACGAAUUCAGACAAAUAAAAAGGUGUAAUGGGUUCGCACUCAAAAAGAUGUUGCAUAAAGCUUACUUCAUUAUUCCCAAUGUUUUUAAUUAUUUUCAUUGCAUCAGGGAUAGCGUACACAGACAUUUCGGCAUUACAGCCUUCAGUGUGUAGGUACAAUUUUAUUUUAAUUCAAAACAGCAUUUGUAAAGAACAACAAAUGAGCAGCAGGUGCUUCUAAUCAGGGUUGCCACUCAUCUGCGAAUCAGGGAUGUGGCUUUUCUGGUCUACCUGUAUACAAAUUAGUCACAAAUAAAUACAGAAUUCUAGGGUAAGGGAGCAGGCAUGAAGGGCAACUCACUGUGCCCACCCAUGGCUCCACCCAUGGCUAACCCAGUCAUGAAAUCCAUAGAUUAGGGCCUAAUGAAUUUAUUUCAAUUGACUGAUUUCCUUCUAUGAACUGUAACUCAGGAAAAUUUUUGAAAUUGUUGCAUCUUGCGUUUAUAUUUUUCUUCAGUAUACAUCUAAUAGUCCAAUCAUAGUUGAAAAGUAGGUGAGCUGGUUCUACUCUUUUUGGCCAUAUUCUGGUGUUUUGUGGUGGGAAAACUGAGUGGGUCUAUCAUAACAUGGCAACCCUGUUACCCAUAGACAAGCUAGAAAUGUUUUAACUAAAACUGAGUGGGUCUAUCAUAACAUGGCAACCCUGUUACCCAUAGACAAGCUAGAAAUGUUUUAACUAAAACUGAUUGGGUCUAUCAUAACAUGGCAACCCUGUUACCCAUAGACAAGCUAGAAAUGUUUUAACUAAAACUGAGUGGGUCUAUCAUAACAUGGCAACCCUGUUACCCAUAGACAAGCUAUACAUGUUUUAACAAUUACAUGUUUUUUGUGAAGCUUGCAUUCAAAUGCCCCUCGCUGUUGCACACAACAAGCUUCCAUUUCCCCUGUCACAAGGGGAUUCAUGGCUGAUUUUUAAGAUGAAAUCGUCAACCCUGUUAUGGUCCACCCUGUUACUUAAUUUGUCAUUUAAUAGGCACUUACUAUAGUCAUUUAUUUUAUUUCACCUCUUGAUGGGAAAACGUUUUUUAUUAAGUUGAUAAUGUGCUCUUUAUGACAAUGUAUUUUUUUGGGGGGUGAAAUCAAACGUUUUUUUUUCUCACCAAGUUAAACGUCUCAAAAGGCACUGAAUUGGUGGACGACCCACAUACACACACACACUCACACACACACAUGCACGCACACACACACAUUUAGCAUGGACACAUACAUAGGAAUCACACAUUUAACCUGCUUUCGCAGGAAUGCUCACUCACACACACAUUCACACAAUCAGACACAUGCUCACAUUCACUGUUCAUCUUUCUCCAGGGAAUUGAUUUUGCUCAGUGGCGUGGAAGAUUGAGCAGGGGGAAGUGUAAUUUUCUCCUCUCCAAACAUUUGUCCAACACUUGGUGUCUGAAGAGGGAGAACACACUUUGAGGAGAGAAAAUGUGUAUUUAUGUGAGAAAGCUUCUGUAUGAAUGGUGCCACACAAGCCAUGAAUUGGCACUUCUUGGAGCGAGUAAUGAAAGAGAUGGAUAAAGAGAGAAAGAGGGGGUUUAAGGCUGGUGGGAGGGAGGACAAGGGGAGCAAGGGAGAAGGAGCAGAAGGAUAGAAAGGGGUAGGACAUGUGGGAUAGGGGAUGAAGAGAGAGAGGAGUGAAAAGGAGGGGAGAAAAGGCACAAGUAACUUUGGGAGAGCUUAUGUUACAAAUGACUUUAAAGGGCUACCCUACAGAGACGGACCCUACAGAGCGUAGCACAAUGCCGUUUUUUGUCACAAAGGGUGCGAUCCUUGUAGUGCGCUCCAACAUUCUAUGUAUUCCCGUGCCACAUGAAAGUAGUAAUGCGUAUCAUUCCUUGCGUAGCAAUGGAGUGUAGCAGUUGUGUGUAGGCAAUGAAGCUCGCUUGGUUCCUUGAUCUGAUCUAUAGGCUAUGCAUCAAAGUAACCUAUUUUGCAUUGAUAAAUAAAUAUAAUCUCAGCAUAUGCUCAAACAGUAAACCAAACAACAUUGUAGCCUUAUUAGAAUCACCCCCAAAAUGUAUUUUGUUUAAAAGUAAUAACUGUUGAUUCCAGGCUAUUGGUAAAAACAGCUGCGAGAUAUGUGCUUUUUCUCUGUGACCAAAACAUGAUGACAUUCUAUUUUUAUCUGAUAUGGGAGUGAAUACUUUGAAACAGCAUAUACAAUUGGGAUAAUGUUGUAGGUUACACCGGCAAGUAUAAGAAUAUUUGCCAGGGCAUAUUAUUUCAUUAUAAAUCUGAUUAUUUCACAUGGUGAUGUGGGAAGCUAAAAUGCUAGCUAGCUUGUGUGGCUACCCAAUAUGCACGGGGUCCAUUGUUGUAAGAUUCCAUCGUCCCCAUAGUGACGAAUGACGUUGUUUUGAUAGCUACGUCACAGAUAGAACAAUGAGCUAGAUGUUUCACCGGAUGUUUAAAUCUGAAGCAUCCAGUUGGCAUUUCCACUCUCCACCAAAUAUGGUAAUGAGAGGAAGCCCAGCGGCCGGGAGUGGGAGAAGAUGGAGCGAGAUGGAUUUUGGCAACAUUGAGACACACUCACAUGUCUUUUUUUAUUCGUGAGAAUACUGGGUGAACAGAUUAACUAAAUGAAGCUUUUCUUUUUUUGUUGUUGCCUUUUUUAACCAAUAACUAAAGUCACGUUUUUUAUUUGAAAAAAUAGUAUGCCAAGAUAUUAGACCUGUGUGGUGUGAGUUCGUUUCCUGCUGGGGCCACAUACUGUUUACUAAAAAUGUAUGUGUUCACUUUCGAUGGAAAAUCUUCUAAAUGGCAUAUGCUCUCUCUCUCUAUCUCUCUAUCUAUCUAUAUUACUGAACAAAAAUUUUAACGCAACAUGCAACAAUUUCAAAGAUUUUACUGAGUUACAGUUCAUAUGAGGAAAUCAUAUCAGUCAAUUGAAAUACAUUUAUUAGGCCCUAAUCUAUGGGUUUCACAUGACUGGGAAUACAGAUAUGCAUCUUUUGGUCACAGAUACCUUUAAAAAAAAAAAAAGACCUCACAAUGGGCCUCAGGAUCUCGACAUGGUAUUUCUGUGCAUUCAAAUUGCCAUCGAUAAAAUGCAAUUGUGUUCGUUGUCCGUAGCUUAUCAAAUCAAAUUUUAUUGGUCACAUACAUAUAUUUAGCAGAUGUUAUUGCGGGUGUAGCGAAAUGCUUGUGUUCCUAGCUCCAACAGUGCAGUAGUAUCUAACAAUUCCCAACAAUACACACAAAUCUAAAAGUAAAAGAAUGGAAUUAAGAAAUAUAUAAAUAUUAGGACGAGCAAUGUCGGAGUGGCAAUGACUAAAAUACAGUAGAAUAGAAUACAGUAUAUACAUAUGAAAUGAGGAAAGCAGUAUGUAAACAUGAUUAAAGUCACUAGUGUUCCAUUAUUAAAGUGACCAGUGAUUCCAUGUCUAUGUACAUGGGGCAGCAGCCUCUAAGGUGCAGGGCCGAGUAACUGGGUGGUAGCCGGCUAGUGAUGGCUAUUUAACAGUCUGAUGGCCUUGAGAUAAAAUCUGUUUUUCAGUCUCUCAGUCCCAGCUUUGAUGCACCUGUACUGACCUCACCUUCUGGAUGGUAGCGGGGUGAACAGGCCGUGGCUCGGGUGGUUGAUGUCCUUGAUGAUCUUUUUGGCCUUCCUGUGACAUUGGGUGCUGUAGGUGUCCUGGAGGGCAGGCAGUGUGCUCCCGGUGAUGCGUUGGGCAGACCGCACCAUAACUGCACCGCCACCAUGGGGCACUCUGUUCACAACGUUGACAUCAGCAAACCGCUCGCCCACACGACACCAUACACGUGGUCUGCGGUUGUGAGGCUGGUUGGAUGUACUGCCAAAUUCUCUAAAAUGACGUUGAAGGCGGCUUAUGGUAGAGAAAUUAAUGUUAAAUUCUCUGGCAACAGCUCUGUUGGACAUUCCUGCAGUCAGCAUGCCAAUUGCACACUCCCUCAAAACUUGAGACAUCUGUCGCAUUGUUGUGUGACAAAACUGCACAUUUUAGAGUGGCCUUUUAUUGUCCUCAGAAAAAGGUGUACCUGUGUAAUGAUCAUGCUGUUUAAUCAACUUCUUGAAAUGUCACACCUGUCAGGUGGAUGGAUUAUCUUGGCAAAGGAGAAAUGCUCAUUAACAGGGAUGUAGAGAAAUUUCUGCACAAAAGAAGAGAGAAAAUAAGUAAAAAAUAAAAAUUGUUUAGUUUUUACCCCUUUUUCGUGAAAUCCAAUUGGUAGUUACAGUCUUGUCCCAUUUCUGCAACUCCAGUACGGACUCGGGAGAGGCGAAGGUCGAGAGCCAUGCCUCCUCCGAAACAUGACCCUGCCAAGCCGCACUGCUUCUUGACACACUGCUCGCUUAACCCGGAAGUCAGCCGCACCAAUGUGUCGGAGGAAACACCGUACAACUGGUGUCCGAAGUCAGCGUGUAUGCGCCCAGCCUACCACAAGGAGUCGCUAUAGCGCGAUGGGACAAGGACAUCCCGGCUGGCCAAACCCUCCCUUAACCCGGACAACUGUGCGCCGCCUCAUGGGUCUCCCGGUCGCGGCCAGCUGCGACACAGCCCGGGAUCGAACCCAGGUCUGUAGUGAUGCCUCUAGCACUGCGAUGCAGUGCCUUAGACCGCUGCGCCACUCGGGAGGCCAGAAAUAAGCUUUUUGUGCAUAUGGAACAUUUCUGGGAUCUUUUAUUUCAGCUCAUGAAACAUGGGACCAAAACUUUACAUGUUGCGUUUAUAUUUGUGUUCACUAUAUAUAUAUUAUUGUCUGUGUCCCCACAGUGAGUUUGUGUCAUGGCUGAUAGAUAGUGGAGAGAUCAGCAAGCCAGACGAGGGGGUCAACCUGGGUCAAGCUUUGCUUGAGAACGGCAUCAUCCACCACGGUAAGAGAACAGUCUCUGUCUUUUCUGGCAGUCCCUUCAUAUCUUUCUGGCAUUAUUUCUGGCUUUCCUAUCUCUGUCUCUGUACCUGUCUCUCUCUCGCUCUCUCCCUCUAUCUCUCUCUCUCUGGUUCUCUUUUUCUCUCUCUCUUUCUCCCUCUCUCUUUGUCUUUGUCCCUUGCUCUCUCUCUCUCUCUCUCUCUCUCUCUCUCUCUCUCUCUCUCUCUCUCUCUCUCUCUCUCUCUCUCUCUCUCUCUCUCUCUCUCUCUCUCUCUCUCUCUCUCUCUCUCUCUCUCUCUCUCCCUCCUACUGUCUUUCUAUAUGCCUCAUUAUUUGCACUUCAUGGGUGUAAUCCUUGGCAUUAGCCAGGUCGCAGUUGUAAAUGAGAACUUGUUCUCAACUGGCUUACCUGGUUAAAUAAAGGUUAAUUAAAAAAAUAUAUAUAUAUUAGAUCUUCAGUCUCAUACUUUUUUCACACUCCUUCUUACUAAUUUUCACGUUCUCGCAUUCACAAUAUCUCUUAUUGAGUCUCAUUGUAAUCAGGCUAUUCACACUCUCUAUUUGACUCCUUUUCUUUCUGUUACUCUUCUCAGCUCUUACUCCUCUCUUCUAUUGUUUCCAUCUGUCUAUCCAAGAAGAAAAAAGAGAAAUGUUUUAUAAAUAGUGGCGCUAUUUCAAAACUUUUUCCCCAAGUUUCCAUCAGCAGACUUGGUAUAGAGGGUGGUAACAGUCAAUGGUUUACCGAUUGGAAUUAUGCAUUGAAAACAGAAAAGAAUAGACACACACACACACAAAGAUAAAUAAUGUAUGAAUGGCGCUGACAGAGAAUCACUGCGUCUAAGGCAAUAACAGACUUGAACUUUGAAAGCCGUCUCGCGCCGAAACUGAGAGACACCCUCAUGUUUCUGACACUGUCUACGGUGGCCCAGUAGGCCCACAGACAACACUGACUGGAUUAGGGGGGUUGUAGGAUAGCGGAGGCCACUGAUGGUGAUGGCUUUGGCCUCCGGGGGACAGGGCUGUCACCCAUUAGGCACCUUAAGGGGGGAGACAAUGGGGGACGGAUGAUGGUGACUGAGAUUCAGUGUGACAGCAGAGGGUGGCAGGGAAAGGAGGCAGGAGAGAGAGACAUAUUUUGGUCAUUGGUAGCUCUGUGUGUGUGUCGAGUCUCAGCAUCCAAUUUCCCCCUGUGUUUUCCCCUUUGGACUCAACGGGUCUUCCCUUGCACUGGCUCAAUGGAUGUUCUGUAAGUGUUUAUCUAUACUCAACAGCAACCCUACUGGUUAAAUGAAGUGUGAUAGUGAUGAACGUUUAACUAUUGCACCAAUCAGUUGUUGACAUCCCCCCCCCCCCCCCUUCUCUCUCUCUCCCUCUCCCACACACUUUCUUUCUGUCUUUCUUGACGUUUCAGUGUCGGACAAGCACCAGUUCAAGAAUGAG